UUUAAUGUUAUGACGUUUAAAAAAGUCUGUCAUUAUGUACGUACAAUAUGUAUACAUAUAUAUGUACACACACGUUAUUCAAUAGAUGAGGGCGUUGCGAGACGACCAUCGAACGAAUUAAACCGCAAACAAACAAAAAGUACGGCAAGUGUCAAACGAUUUUGAAAACAUGAUUUAUUAUUCUGUUUAUAUUGUUCAAAAGUAUUAUUAAGGAAUCCGAAUGUCUUCAAUUCCGAAAAAGUCCCCUCGUUAUGAGGACUUGAUUUCGACUGAAGAUGACACUUUGGGUACAUCAAUUAGUCUUAGUGUGGGUGAAAAUUCAAUUAGAAUAAAAGAAAAACCUAAAGUAUCUAAGAAAUCUGAACCAGAGGAGAAAAAUGAGAAAGAUCAGAAGGAACAAUGGUGGUUGAAGAAGCCAGAUACCUGCCUAGAUAUUCCUAAUAUUCCAGCAGAAGCAAAGACAAAACCUUCCCCAUCCAUUUCACCGGAUGUCAGUUCUUCUAUGAAAGAAUUUUUAGAAAAAGAGAAGAUGUGCAAAGAUAUGCAUAGAAAUGAAAUAGAGACAAAAGACAGGGAUGAUACUUUGUGCGACAUCUUAGCUUCUGCAGCUUUUGACAAAUAUCCAUCUGAUUUUGAAAAUGCAACUGAUGAAGAUAUUGGUAGUAUUUUAGAAGAAAUGAGUAAGAUUGCUGGUGCACUAAGUCCUAAUUCAGCCGCAGAUCGUACAAAGUCAAGGAAUUCUAUUAAGAAUCCUACAGAAGAGGAGAAAUCUGUGGAAGAAUUAUUAGAAGAAGCUGAAAAACUUGUACGAAAAAAUAGUAGUAGUUUAUCUAAGAGCGGAUCAAAAUCUGAUACUUUAGUACCUGAAAAUAUUCCUGAGGACAUAGAAAGCCUCAACAGGGUUAGACAACUAGAAGCUGACAUUUUUCAACUGAUAGAAGAAGAGGUGCAUAAGGAGACAGAGAAGAUAAAAAAAAGUCCAAAGAACGAGAAAAAAAGCGAUGAUAGUCCUGGUUUUGAAGUGUUAUACGAAAACGUGAAUUACUUGAAAGCUCCAAAAACUUUGGAACUCCAAAGGAGGAGAUUCGAGGAACAGAAGGUAGAAGUAUCCAGCAGUUCAGAUUUGGAUGAUCCGAUUGAAAGGCAUUCCAAGUCAGAAGAACUAAAGAGUACCAGAAAGAUGGAAUCGGAUAAAGAUAAUUUGCAAAAGGAAAUAACUGAUGUAGAUAAAGAUUUUUUUGAAGAUUUGUUAAGGAAGUCAAAAGAAAGAGCCGAAGGAGGUAUGUCGGGUAGCUCAAGUUUCGGACAAGAAGAUUUUUCACAUUUUUUGAAACUUUUACAAGGACAGAGCGACAAAAAGGAACAAGAAUCAAACGAACCUAAACCUAGUCAUAAUCUUCCCUUAAAACCUUCGGACGAUCAAGUAGAAGGAAAAUCCAUGAACGAGAAAAGCCCAGAAUUUCCAGAAAAAGAAAUUUCCGACAUAUUAGAGAAGGAACUGACUAAAACAGUCAGUCCAAAAUUAGGGCAUGAAAUUGUUGAAUCGGAUGGCAGCGCGAGCGACGAAGAUCGUAAACAGUCUCAAAGUGUUAGCAGUAACAGCAGAAGCGAGAAGGUGGCCAGUAAAAAAGAUCAAUCUCCAAACAAAAUUACCACGUCAAAGAAAUCUAAGGAAGAACUGUACUCGGUUGGACUCACACCUCGAUUAGAGUUGUUCGCGGACGCCAUCCCAAAAUUGUUAGCUGAAAAGUCGGUAGAAAAUACAAUGCAUCAGAGCAAAGUUCCCGAAGAUACAAAAACAACCGUUCGCAAGACUACUUCAAAUUUCGAGAUUAAAACCAGUGCUGCCGUUUCGUCUUUUCAUCGCAGCAGCGCAGAAAGUCAACACAAAUCCGUUCAUCCAGUUAGCGCAUCGAGUAGUAAACCACAGAAAAAAGAGAUAAAAUUUUCUAAAUCAAAAAGCUACGAUCAGAUCUGUAAACCACCGUUCAAAACAUCCGUGGAAAACUUAAAAGUUGCCAAACCUGACACUGUAAAAAAACCUGCCACUCAGAUCAAACGAUCGCCGAUACUGAAGCCAAAGUUUCAACCUACAGUAAAACCGGUAACUAGGCUUCCUCCCAAGACCAAGGUACAGCCAAAGCCAAAGAAAGAUCUCUUAAAGACUGGUUCCGCUUCCUCUCUGUCUUCCACGUAUAAGGGGUACCAAGCAACGUCUCCAGACACUCACGCAAAGCCUUCCAUGGCUGGUGGCGAUACGAAAUACAACUUGAGACCGAAUUGGGAGACCUUGUGUCGCGAGGAGAGGCACAAGAAUGCUCUCCUCAAACAACAAUUAGAGUCCGAAGUGAAAAUGUACAAAAACCAAAUAGACAAUAUGCGUAUAAAUUUCGAGGAAGAACUAUUCGCGCUAAAGAAACAAAACAUAACUCUGAAGGCAAGGGUAGAUGAACUCUCGUUGAAUGAGAAACGAAUAGACUCUCAGCCCAAGAAGGACACAAAAAUCACUCUUCUGGAAAAAGAACUGGAGAAGCAAGAGAAACUGAUUCGCGCCUAUGAAAGUGAGAACAAAAAAUUGAUGCAGGGCACAAAACGCAUGCAGGAGGAAAUGAAACAGCUUCAGAAACAGAAGAGCACAGCACUGGAGUCGGGUAAGAUGCAAGAACUCGCGGAUAAGGUCAAGGAUCUUGAGGAGGAGGCUUUGAAAUUGAAUUUAGAAAUAUCUGAGCUUCGAGAGAAGAACGCUGAUUAUGCAUUAAAGAACGAGGAUGUAAUACAGCAGAAUAAUUUACUGAACGACGAGUUAGAGAUGUUCAGGGAACAACUGAGGACGAAGAACGACUUCAUCACGGAUCGGUUGCAGGCGAUGACCACCGUCGAGCUGGAACUGAAGAAGCAGGUGGAGGACCUGACGAUCAAACUGAGCUCCAAGACUGAACAGCUACGAAUCGUGAAACAGGAGUUGGAUAAAAUUCAGCAGAACGUGCUUCCAUUGGAGAAGGAAUUACUGGAGCUGAGGGUGAAAGAAGGCAGUCUUCAGGAGAAGCUGCAAGUAGCUAGGAGCCACGUGGAACGCGAGAAGCUUCUAACUCAGAAAUUGAAAGACCAGGUGAUCCUCGACAGCAAGAAGAUCACGGAUUUGAACAGACAAGUCCGUGAGAUGGAAAGGAUACUGAAGAGGAAGAAUCCAGAUUCUGUAUCUGCUCUUAUACUGACCGCGAAUUCGGAGCAGGAGAAAAUCGGUGCGGAGAAGGUGAAGCUACUGGAGGAUAGGAUCUCUAGUUUGGAGGCAGAGAUUAAGGCAAAAGAUGAUCUAGCGCAGCAGAAGUUGGUAGAGUUCCAGAAGAAGUUCUCUGACAUGAAGGAGAAAUACACGACGCAAAUAAUGGAACUAGAGGAGAAACUGCUGGAGUCCACUGCUAAGAAUAGGAAAAUUUACAAUGAUAUGUUCACUCAGACAACGUCUAAGCAUGUAGAGAACAAGAGUGUGGAGACUAUCAGAAAGGAAGAGAGAGCCGGUUCGUUUGAGAAGGAGGAUAAAAAAGAUCAGAAGCCGCCCGUUAAAGUUAAUUUGAAGUCACAGAAUUGUAAGGACGACGCUUAUCUUAUGGCUACUAUACGUGGGUUGAAGAUGGAACUAACGAAUAAGGAGAAAGCGUUAUCGAAGCUCACCAAAGAAUUCCAGGAGCUGCAGAAGACUAACAGAAAGUUGCAGAAAGAAAGAGAGAAGUUGUUGAACGACAGAAGAUCUGUUAAAAGUAUGGAUUUCGAGAGGACGAAUCGCGCUAUGGUGUCGUCGGAUUCAAAGUUGCAGACUUUGAAGUCCACUGAAGGAAACGAUCAGAAUUCGAACGUCUAUCAGAACGGACACGUGCCCGACUCUAAUUCUCGGUUGUCUGCCUCUGUUCAAAAGCUGUACGAUCCCAUGCAGUACACAGAAAAUGGAGACAGCAAUCUGGUAAAGAGGUUGACCGACGAGAAUGAUAUUCUGAAGGAAGAACUGAGCAAGAUGAACAAGGACUUUAUGGCUUUGAAGAAUAAACGGUUGCACGACUUGAAUCUUCUGCAAGAGGAACACGAACGAGAGAUGGCUAGCUUGCUGAAAGAGUACAGCGUAAAGUUUGGGGACUCUAAAGUGGUAAAGUUGCAGAGUCAAAUAAACUCGCAGCUGGCGGCGAUAUCACACUUGAAGCAGCAAAUUGAAAAAUUGAAAGACUACAAGGAGCAGGUGGUGGUUCUGAAGGCGGAACGGGAUCACUUGGAGAGUAGGGUGAAAACGUUGAAUGAGAAAGUCAAGUACUUAUCGACACCAAGCACGGAACAGUUGCAGCUGUUGCAGGAUAAAAUAACGAUUCUCCAGCAGCGGCACGAAAGUCGGGAGAUGACGUUGCAGAGCUUGGUACGUGAUUUACUUCGGAAUCGAACCCAAUGCAAGGAUUGUAAAAACGAAAAGGGUAAAAAUCGACAGUUAUGUUAUUUCCGACAAGAGUUGGAUCAUAUUCUUGGAAUGCUUCAAGAAAUCGCCAAUGUUCAUUGACUUUAAUGAACUAGACUACGUGUGUGUGCUUAGUGGUGCUCAUAAAAUGCUGAGAAAUCGUCCAUUGAUUGCAAUAAUGUACUUCGAACGAGACGUUGCUCGACUCGACGUCGAGCAUUGUGAUAAUUCGUAUGCUUGAACGUACUGAAAUGGAUCUUGACGCAUUGCAGUCAAAAUCGCGUGAAAAUACGUGUACUUUCUUUUUUUAAUCGUUGAAUGUUCGAUAUAAUCAAAAUUCAGAUAAUUGAUAAGACGUAGAAAGUAUGGACGUCUAAUUAGAUGAAUUUUUUAAUUAACGUUUUAUAGUACUUAACGUGUUCUGACUGUUUAGCUCUAAAUUUACGCGUGCAAAUGACCGUAAUGCGUUGAACAUUCAUUAGAAGAAGUUAUCGCGUUGUUAAGCACUUAGGUGUAAACGAAUGCACAAAUGUCCAAAAUGUUGAUCGAUGUUUUUUUUCCUUUUUUUAAAUAUUAUCGAUCCUUCCACGAAGGCGAAUGAUAUGUUUAGUCAUUUUCUCUGUGAGGUAUGGAAUACCAGUGAAAUCAUAUCGAUCUCGGGAUGGUUCACGCGUAACGAUCGACUGGGAUCACUGCCAAAGAUGUAAAAUAAAUGGCGGAAGAAGUUACCGUUUUAUCGUAACUUCUCGUCGACUUUGAUUUCUUGCCACUGUGCGUUCAACGCGCGUGGACUCUAUCGUCCAUAGUCGGAGUAAUAAAACCAAUAGUCAAAAUAUCAAACAUAGAUAGAAAUAUUUUGAUCUAUAUUUACUAUAAACUGCAAACUUUUUAUUUAUCUAAUAACGUAAGGUUAACAGUAAGAAUGAAAAGAUGGACUGCUAGUUUUAGCGCUGUACUUGUUGACAAAGUGGUUUGACGGAUAACGUAGAAAGAACGUAGAAGUAUUUUCGCGAACGAGAUAUCUUCCAAAGUUACUUAGAAAUGAAUAGUUUUUCUUUUUACACGAAGCUUUUUCCGGACUGCGUUUUGUACAUAUAAGCAUCGUAUCGAAUAGUUAUAUUUAUUUCGUAUUUAUAUAAACACAUUUUUCACUAUCAACGAAUCCAUUUGUAAUCGAAUCGUCAUAUUGUACGAUAUAUUUAUAUACAUUUUAGUAGCCGUUUAUUAAAAGUUUCAGCAAACACGAUCGACUCUCUAUAUCGUCACGAGCACAUGCGUAUUGCACAAAAUCGAAGUAUUCUAGAUGUAAUCAUUAAAAAAUCUUUCUUUCAGAAUCGUCAUUUUAGAAGUUUCUUCAAGGUGUGUUUCCCAUUUCUUUCAAUCAUUGUAAUCAUGCAAAACAUAGUUACUUGUUUAAGACUGGAUAUAAUGUCAAAACCACUGCAUUUUUUUAUAAUUAUUUUUAAGCCGACCGUAAUGUACAAACCACGAGAUUAUGACUUUAAUAAAUUACUUUUCUCUUUGA